AACAUGAACCACUAUGCUAAUAAGAAGAGUGCGGCUGAGAGCAUGCUGGAUGUAGCUCUGCUGAUGGCCAACGCCUCCCAGCUAAAGGCUGUACUGGACCAGGGGCCAAACUUCUCCUUUUACACCCCCAUUGUCACCCUGAUCAGCAUCUCCCUCCUUCUGCAGGUCACAGUCGGGGUGCUCCUCAUCUUCAUAGUUCAAUGGAACCUGAAUGAUGAGCAGAAGCACUGGAGGCUGAACAUUAUGGAAAACUUGGCCACAGGCUUGGUUUUUAUCAUAGUUGUGGUCAACGUCUUUAUCACAGCCUUCGGAGUCCACAGGCCAAACCGCAGUGACUGA